AUGAAAAUAUAUAUUUUAGCGCUUUUGGCUAUUUUGGAUACUUCAUCGAGUUACGACGACUACGUGACAAUAACCGACGAGUAUGCCGUUCCAGAGACGCGUGAUAAUUAUGGAGAUAUGUUUUUUAAGGCACAAAAUACUGAUAAUAUCAAAAGUAAAGUCAUAGAAGCAAUGCUUAAUACACCCAUGUAUCAUCUGAACCGGUCACAGCCAAACAUUUUUGCUGCUUUUGCAGACCAAUAUGAACUUCCAAAAGGAUUUAAAGGACCGUUAAAAGUGUACGACUUCAUCGUAGUUGGCGCUGGUGCAGCUGGAAGUGUUUUAGCUGCGAGACUUAGUGAAGAGAAAAAAGCAUCUGUGUUACUUUUAGAGGCUGGUGAGGGAGAGCCAAUAAUAGCGGGCGUUCCAAUACUGGCUCCUGUGCUACAACAGACAGAUUAUAUAUGGCAUUACCUUAUGGAGCCUCAACCUGGAGUAUGUAUGGGUAUGACAAAUGGAAGAUGUUUUUGGCCGAGGGGGAAGGCUGUUGGUGGAAGUAGUGUUGUUAACUACAUGAUUUAUACCCGAGGAAUGCCAGUUGACUGGGACAGAAUAGCGGCAAAAGGAAACUAUGGAUGGUCAUAUAAGGAGGUUUUACCUUACUAUAUGAAAUCAGAACGUGCAAAUUUGCGAAGUUUAAAAGACUCUCCUUGGCACGGAAAAGAUGGUGAACUAAAUGUGGAGGAUAUACCUUUUAGAUCGAAACUAUCUAAAGCCUUUUUGGACGCAGCACAGCUUUUUGGUCACCGUAGGGUAGAUUAUAACAGUCCUGAUGGAUUCGGAUUUAGCUAUAUUCAAGCUACUAUGAAUAGAGGCAUACGAAUGAGUAGCGCUAAAGCUUUCCUUCAUAAUAAAAAGAAAAGAAAAAAUCUUCACGUAUUAACAAAAAGCAGAGUAACAAAAAUUUUAAUAAAUCCACAGACGAAGACAGCUUACGGCGUAGAAUUUCAGACGCAGGGCCGUAAAUUCACUAUCUACGCUGCCAAAGAAGUUGUACUAUCGGCUGGGCCAAUAGAAUCACCACAUCUGCUUAUGCUCUCUGGUAUUGGACCGGCAGACCAUCUUACCACGUUUGGUAUUAACGUCAUUCAAAAUUUAAAAGUAGGAGAAACAUUGUACGACCAUAUUUCUUUUCCCGGUUUGACAUUUCUACUUAAUGGUACUCAACUAACAUUAGUUGAAAAAAAAAUUGCUACCAUUCAGAACAUUGUACAAUAUACACAGUUUGGCGACGGACCGUUGUCUUCUUUGGCUGGCGUUGAGACUUUGGGAUAUAUUAAGACUAACAUAUCGGAAGAGAUAGGCGAUGUACCUGAUAUAGAGCUUAUAGGAUCCUGUGCAUCACUUGCUUCAGAUCAGGGUAAUAUUGUAGCAAAAGGGAUACAUCUAGCCGACUGGCUCUAUAAUGAUAUUUACAAACCUAUUGAGCAAUUUGAAAGCUUCACUGUAUUUUUUAUGUUACUGCAUCCUAAGUCGAAAGGUUCCCUACGACUAGCAUCGAAAAAUCCAUUUCAACAACCAAAACUAUAUGGGAACUACUUAACUGACAGGAAAGAUGUUGCAACUUCGGUAGCUGCUAUUAGAUAUAUCAUAAAGCUUAUUGACACACCACCUUUCAAGAAAUAUGGAGCAAAGUUGUAUCAAAAAAAAUAUCCAAAUUGUAUCCAAUAUGACUUUGAUUCUGAUAAGUACUGGGAGUGUGCAGUUCGAACUGUUACAUCAACACUUCAUCAUCAGAUUGCAACUUGUAAAAUGGGGCCAAAUACUGAUCCAACUGCAGUUGUCGACCCGGAGCUAAGAGUCCAUGGUAUAAGAAACUUGCGAGUAGUAGACAGCAGUAUCAUACCAUUAACUAUAGCAGCACACACAAAUGCACCAGCUAUUAUGAUUGGUGAAAAGGCAGCGGAUUUAAUUAAAUCAACUUGGGGGCUAUAA